AUGGCGGCGCUGCAAGCGGCGCCGGACGCGCUGGCGCACCGGUACGGUGACGCGGAGAUGGUGCAAUCGAAGGAAAUCACGGGACGCGCGUGGACGCGGGUGGACGCGCUGAACGAAACGCUGAAGGAUCGAGAGGUGCUGCUGCGAGGACGCGUGCACAACGUGCGAGGGAAGGGGAAGAGCGCGUUCAUCGUGCUGAGACAACAGACGGCGACGGUGCAGGUGACGCUGUUCGUGGAUGACGUCAACGUGAGUAAAGGGAUGGUGAAGUGGGCGAGCGCGCUCGCGCGGGAAAGCGUGGUGGACGUUAAAGGGUUGGUCGUCCAUCCCGAGGUCCCGAUCGAGUCGUGCACGCAGAAAGAGGUCGAAGUCGUGUGUCGGGAAAUUCACUGCAUCUCGAGAUCGGAUCCGGAGCUGCCGUUUUUGAUUGAAGACGCGUCGAGACCGGAUAGCGCGUUCGAGGCGGAGGAUACGCAAUUCGUUCGAGUGUUGCAGGACACGCGAUUGAACAAUCGCGUGAUGGAUCUGCGCACGCCGGCGAAUAAUGCGAUUUUUAAGAUUCAGUCCGGGGUCGGGACGCUGUUCCGCGAGGCGCUGUUGCGAAGAAACUUUACCGAGAUUCACACGCCCAAGCUCAUCGCGGGGGCGUCCGAAGGCGGCGCCGCCGUCUUCAAGCUCGAUUACAUGCAAGUCGGCCCGGCGUGCUUGGCGCAGUCUCCGCAAUUAUACAAGCAAAUGGCCAUCAUGGGUGAUUUGGAGGGUGUGUUUGAGAUUGGACCGGUGUUCCGCGCCGAAGACUCGAACACGCACCGACACUUGUGCGAGUUCACCGGGUUGGACAUGGAAAUGACCAUCAAGGAGCACUACGACGAAGUGUUGGAUGUCCUCGAUGAGUUGUUCGUGAGCAUGUUCGACGGCUUGAACGAGCGAUUUAAGAGAGAAAUCGGUGUGGUGAACGAGCAGCACCCGUUCGAGCCGCUGCAAUACUGCCGGCCGUCUUUGAGAUUGACGUUUGAGGAAGGGGUCAAGAUGCUCCAGGAGGCGGGUGAAGAAGUCGAUCCGCUCGGCGACAUCGGCACCGAAACCGAACGCGUGCUCGGGAGAUUGGUGAAGGAGAAGUACGGCACGGACUUCUACAUGCUCACGCGGUAUCCCCUCAACGCCCGACCGUUUUACACAAUGCCGGCGCCUGACGAUCCGAACUACACCAACUCUUUUGAUAUCUUCAUUCGCGGUCAAGAGAUCAUCUCUGGGGCGCAGCGUAUUCAUGAUCCUAAGCUCCUCGCUGAACGCGCCGAGGCGUGUGGUAUCGAGCUUCCCACGAUUCAACCGUACAUUGAUUCGUUCAAAUACGGCGCCAUGCCGCACGGUGGUUGCGGCGUCGGUCUCGAACGCGUCGCCAUGCUGUUCCUCAACUUGCCCAACAUUCGCAAGACCUCCAUGUUUCCGCGUGAUCCGAAACGCUUGACGCCUUAA